UCGCUAUUACUUCAAAUUUUCUUAGGCCAUCUCCAACGCCAAAAUAGAAACUGGCGCAGCGUUGGAGAUGGCCUAAACCUCAACUCUCAAUCUCUUAAUUUCCAUGGCGGUUUUCCUUGCAAGUUCAAAUUUUUGCAUUUACGUUACUACUCUGUUUUUGUGCUUGGGCUGUAUAGUUGGAGCAACGAAUAAAAAUGAUCAGCUGGCGUUGCUUGAGAUCAAGGCCAAGAUGACUAGUGACCCUCUUGGCGUCCUUAGCUCCUGGAAUUCUUCUGCUCAUUUUUGCCAGUGGUAUGGUGUGAUAUGCGGCAAAAGGCACACAAGGGUCACCGAGUUGAACCUAAACUCCUUGCUUCUUCAGGGUUCAAUUUCACCAUACUUGGGGAACCUCACCUUUCUACGUGUCUUGCAGCUUCAAGACAACUCCCUCAGUCACGACAUCCCCCAUGAAAUUGGCCGUCUGCGGAGGCUACAAUUUCUUGACUUAAGCGAUAAUAUGCUCACUGGAGAAAUUCCGGCCAAUAUAUCUGGUUGCUCCAAUCUAGUAAGCUUGGGACUUAGUUCCAACAGGUUGACUGGGAGAAUUCCAAAGGAAUUGAGUUCCUUAUCAAAGCUCCGUUUCUUAUUUAUCGAUCUCAACCAUCUAACUGGAGGGAUCCCUCCAUUUCUGGGAAACCUCUCAUGUCUGGAGUUUCUCCAGACAACCCGUAACAAUUUUGGUGGAAGUAUGCCUGAAACUCUUGGCAAGUUAAACAGAUUGUAUUACAUGUCUAUGGGUUCAAACAUGUUUUCUGGCAUUGUCCCUUCCUCAAUGUACAAUCUUUCUUACAUGAGAGUAUUUUGUGUACCUGAAAAUCGACUUCAAGCAACUAUACCCUCAAACUUGGGCAACAUUUUUCCAAACCUCGUGGAAUUUAACAUUGGUGAUAACCAAUUUACUGGAUCCAUUCCUGCUUCCUUAUCCAAUGCUUCAAACUUGGAGAGACUCACUACUGCAAUUAAUGGGCUUUCUGGGAAUGUACCUUCCUUGGAGAAGUUGCAUAAGCUAUGGUGGCUGAGUAUUUCCACCAACUAUCUUGGAACCGCCCGAGACGGUGACCUGAGCUUUUUCUCCUCUGUGACCAAUGUGACAAGCUUGGUGUGGUGUUCGAUAAGCGCCAAUAAUUUUGGAGGGUUGCUGCCUGCUUUCAUCACUAAUUUUACCAGCCUCUCCAUUCUGACGAUGGAUGAAAAUCAAAUUUCUGGAAGCAUCCCAUCUGGGUUAGGAAAUUUGAUCAACUUAGAGCUGCUAGAUGUGGGAAACAAUCGAUUGGUUGGUGUAAUUCCUGAAGAAAUUGGAAAACUUCAGAAGCUGAACAAGUUGAAUCUGCACGGAAAUAAAUUUUCUGGCAGCAUUCCACCCUCAAUGGGAAAUUUGACAUCGCUGUGCUAUCUCAAUCUGCACCAAAAUAAUUUGUUCGGCAGUAUUCCUCCAAGCCUUGGGAAAUGCCAAAAUUUAGUGUCUUUCAGUCUCAAUGAAAACAAUCUUAGUGGUCCAAUCCCGAGAGAAAUCGUAAGCAUUUCAUCCUUGGCAAUCAAUAUGAACCUGUCUCAUAACUAUUUGACUGGUUCUCUUCCAAAGGAAAUGGGAAUUUUGACAAAUCUAGGAACAUUCGAUGUUUCUCAUAAUAUGUUGUCUGGAGAAAUUCCCAGUACCCUCGGCAGUUGCACAAGCUUAGAAUUUUUGCAUAUGCAACGCAACUUCUUCCAGGGUGCCAUUCCUGCGACUUUAAGUUCGCUGAAGGGUCUCCAAGUUUUGGAUUUUUCUCACAACGAUCUGACCGGAACAGUUCCAGGAUUUUUUCAGGAGUUUCGGUUUCUGAGGAUAUUGAAUCUAUCUUUCAAUGAUCUUGAAGGUAUGGUGCCAAUAGAAGGAAUCUUUAAGAAUGCAAGUGCAAUCUCAGUCGCCGGAAAUAGUAAACUGUGCGGCGGCAUUGCUAAAUUUCAGCUGCCUAAAUGCAACUUUAAAGAGACAAGAAAAGGGAAGCUGACCCUUUCCCUGAAACUGGUAAUAGCUGCUUCUGGAGCUCUUUGUGUAGCACUUGCUUCACUUUCUCUAUUUAUAUUGGUGUCUAAGAGGAAAAGAGUAGAACCAACUUCAAUUUCUUUAGAGUAUUCGCCUUUUCGAAUAGCUUACCAAAGUCUUUGUAAUGCUACCGAAGGUUUCUCGUCGUCUAAUUUGCUUGGAGUGGGUAGUUUCGGUUCUGUCUAUAAAGGUAUUCUACAAGAUGAGAAAGUAGUUGCAGUGAAGGUGUUAAAUCUUUUGCACCCUGCAGCUUCCAAAAGUUUCAAGGGUGAAUGCAAGGUGUUACGCAACGUUAGACAUCGAAAUCUCGUCAAGCUCAUGACUGUAUGCUCUAGUGUAGAUCAUCAAGGAAAUGAUUUCAAAGCUCUAGUUUAUGAAUUCAUGGUUAAUGGAAAUCUAGAUGGUUGGUUGCAUCCAAUGUCCAUAACCAAUGAGUCACCUAGGAGUCUGAAUUUUCGCCAGAGAUUAAACAUUGCCAUUGACAUUGCUAGUGCGCUGGAGUAUCUUCACCAUGGUUACCAAUCACCUGUAGUUCAUUGUGAUCUGAAGCCUAGUAAUGUUCUCCUUGAUGGUGAAAUGGUGGGACAUCUAGGAGAUUUUGGCUUGGCAAGAUUCUUCCCACAAGCCACCAACAGCUACACAAGUGAAUCAAGCACCAUUGGAGUAAGAGGAUCUGUUGGUUACACUGCUCCAGAAUAUGGUAUGGGAAAUGAAGUGUCAACAUGGGGUGACAUGUAUAGUUAUGGCAUUUUAUUGUUGGAGAUAUUCACGGGAAAGAGACCCACUGAUGAAAUGUUUAAUGAUAGCUUCAAUCUCCAUAACUAUACAGAAACAGCCUUACCAGAUGAAGUGGAGAAAAUCUUGAAUCCGAGUCUUGCCCAAGAAAUAAAAGAAGAGAUUAGCAGGAGAGAUAGCCAUGUAGUUGAAGAGUGUCUGAUUUUAAUAUUUGAAAUAGGGGUUGCUUGCUCUGCUGAAGUACCCAGUGAACGGAUGAACAUUACUGAUGCCACUGCUAAGUUGCAGGUGAUCAAAAGGAAACUCUCUUAAAAAGUGAAAACAACCACAUGGAUCACCAAUCAUCCUAUUGUAUUUUUAAAUGAAAUCAGUUCAUUGAUUUGAUAUAUCACUGUCGUUUGUUUAAGUGUAUUCCCCUUGUAAAUUGCUAAAAUCCACAGUCAAAAGAGUUUUAAUGCUGUUUUUUCUUUUUCUUUUUUUUUUGGUUUAAUAUAGUAUAUAUUUUUGGUGUUUUUCUGACGUGGAAAUGCUCGACAAUAGGCAAGAGCUUGCUCACUUUAACUAAACAUCUGUUUUUGUUUCCCAGUAAUUGUACUUAAAGCUUUGUAAGAUGGAGAUUAAAGUGUCUUAAAUAGUUUAUUAAUUUUACUAAGCAUAUUGGAUGAUAACUGAGAAGCAUGAAAAACUAGUAUACGGCGCUUUCAGACAUGGCAUUUGCUACGCAGGUGGUUCCUACGUGGCUUCCAUGCAAAUCAAAUUAUAUAGAUUAACAAUACUAAACUUUAUU